UUAUGUCAAUGUUUUUCCACGUUUUGUGUGUCAGGGGCAAAUAAGUUGUUUUUAAUUCAACAGAAUCGUGAACAAUUUGUUGGCAGUUCAUGCCAGAUGAACAACCUGAAUGACCCUCAGGAAUGGAACAUCAGACCAGAGCGGAGAGGGGAUGGUGGCGAUGGGAACAAGUGGAACUAUGCCCUACUGGUGCCCAUAAUUGGACUAGCUGCCUUCCGCUGGAUUUGGUCCAGGGAGUCACAAAGGGAAGUGUUAGAGGUGAAAAAGAAGUAUGAUAAGAGCAUGCAAGCCAUCCGCGAUGCCAUGGACAGGAAGUACAAAGAGACACUGAGAGAGAACCGUCAGGAGACGAUCCACUUGGAGCUAGAGCUGGAGAAGGAGAAGAACCGUGCAGAAGGCUACCGCCAGGCCAUAGCCUCACAGAGCCAGCAGCUGAUGGAGGAACGCAGAAGGCUUAGCCAAGAGCGUGAAGCCUUGACUGGAGAGAAAAGAAAAGCACUGAUGGCAGGUGCCACUGGGGCCCUCUUACACAUGGCUCUGGAGAGGGAGAGUAAAAGCGAGUGGCACAAAGGAGCUGUGGCUGCACUGAGGGAGGUGGAGGAGGGUUUGUUGAAGAGACAAGAGGCCUUCUGCAGCAUUCUGGUUCCCCGGGAGAAGAGGCUGGAAAUAGAGAGAGAUGUGUUGGUCAGAGUUGUCCAGGAACGGUCUCUUGCCCAGCUGGACAUGGAGAGCGACUUAAAGGACAUUUUUAGAAAUGACAGCCAAUGUGCACAUUACCUGAACAAGGACAAGCACAAUAAUGGUAGUCUUAUGUGGGUCUAUCUUAGAUACUGGCAGCUGCAGGUCACACUGCAGAAGCACAGAAGGGCAGAGGCCACGUUAUUGGAAAGAAAGUCUAGCAAUCUUUGAUGUUGCAAGGAUUAUCACUGUAUAGUGCUUAUUGAACCUAUAUAGUAUUUGCCUGACCCUUAACCUCAGUUCAUACAGUACCAGUCGAACAUUUGGACGCACCUACCCAUUAAAGGGUAUUUCUUUAUUUUUACUAUUUUCCAUAUUGUAGGAUAAUGAAGACAUCAAAAAUAUGAAAUUACACAUAUUAACCCAAAA